AUGAACCCCGAGUACGACUACCUCUUCAAGCUCCUCCUCAUCGGUGACUCCGGUGUUGGAAAGUCUUGUCUUCUGUUGCGUUUCGCCGACGACACCUAUACCGAGUCCUACAUCUCCACUAUCGGUGUCGACUUUAAAAUCCGCACGAUAGAACUCGACGGAAAGACGGUGAAGCUCCAGAUCUGGGAUACCGCCGGCCAGGAGCGUUUCCGCACCAUCACUUCCUCUUACUACCGCGGUGCCCACGGCAUCUGCGUCGUCUACGAUGUGACCGACAUGGACUCGUUCAACAACGUCAAGCAGUGGCUCCAGGAGAUUGACAGGUACGCCACCGAGGGCGUCAACAAGCUGCUUGUCGGCAACAAGAGCGAUAUGUCCGAUAAGAAGGUUGUCGAGUACACCGUCGCCAAGGAGUUCGCUGACAGCCUGGGCAUCCCCUUCCUCGAGACCUCUGCGAAGAACGCCAGCAACGUCGAGCAGGCCUUCCUGACCAUGGCCCGCCAAAUCAAGGAGCGCAUGGGCAGCACGACCGCGAACAACACGAAACCCUCCGUGCAGGUCGGACCCGGACACGGCGUCUCCUCGAACUCGGGCGGCGGCUGCUGCUAA